CUGCACCUCCAACAAUCCACCAUUAUGUUUAAAAAUAUUGAUCGAUCUGUACGUGUCCUUUUUUCAUCAAACAAUUUGGCAAAAUAAACGGAUCUUGACACCUUUAGAGACAAUUGGCAACUAUAAUAUCAUUAAAUUAGACGUGCGACAUGUAUUGUCAAUACUCAUUACAUUAUCCUCUAUGGGAGGCCAAUUAGGAUUACAUAUACAUUUAAUUUCUACAUUCCUUCACAGACAAAUCUAAUAGACAUACAUGUUGAUGUCUGUGUAAGUUUUUGGCGGAGCUAGGGGCCGUCUGAUUUAGAUUAAAGGCCUAAAAUUCUUCUUCCAGAAGCUUAGUGGACUUCAACGUAGCAGAACAACUCAAGAUUCUUGUUGUCUCUAGGAGUUAUCAAGGACACAAACAUCGCCUAAGUGGUAGCUUGAUAUAACUAUAUCAUCCAUGUGCGUUGUGUUAUUGCAUUAAGAUAGGAUUUUCUUGGCUUGAAGAGUUGUCAAUUUUCUUUUUGGUAGGAGGAGGAGGCAGCGAAUGCCACAAAACAUCGCCUAGAAUAAGUUGCCUGUUAGAUCUAGAUCCAACUCAUGAUCAUCAGGUCCCUAUUCUCUACUUCUAUAUAUGAAAAGAAGUACAACUUGAGAACAUAGAAUUGGACCUUUCAAUUCAACAAGGAAAAACAAAUAUGGCUUUGAGAUCAAAAACCACCCUAAAGCAUGCUCGUUCUAGCAGCUUUCCCUCUAUAUCUCACCCUAUUGUAUCUCAAUUGGAUGAGCAACUGUCUAGACUUACAUCUUCUUCAGUGGCUACGUCUUCCUCCCUUUCAUCUUUCACUAGUAGAUUUGGUGAUCUUGAAAACUUAUCGGAUUACACACAAGAUUUGCUUCAACUACCACACGUUCAACAAGCCAUUUUGACUGAACGGUUUGUUGUCCUAUCAAUGGAACAGGAUCGUAGUUGGUCCUUGUUGUCCAAGAUUAUGAUCUCAAAAAGUGAAACCAAUGAAUUCGACAAUGUUGAUGCUGCUUUGUUCUCACUUCUCAGUCACAACAAGGCCAGCAAAUAUGAAGAAUUGACGAAUCAGUUGCGAGAAAUGGAGGUAACCAUUGAGGUUGUUGAACAAGGGCUUGAAUGCUUUUUCAGGCGUUUAAUCAAAACCCGAGUGUCCCUCCUCAAUGUUUUGAAUCACUAGCUAGUCAAGCUAUAUAUAUACAUGGAUGUUGCCUAUCCAAAAGUUUUGUACUACAGUAACACAUGUACAUUUUUUUUUUAAUUAUUAUAAUAUACAUCAAAAUGAAAUACAAGAUCAACUUCAUUUUUUUUCUUAUUGUCAAGUUCUGCUACUGCAACAGUCUAUCACAUUUCAUCUACUGUACUCGGUUAGAUUCAAUCUGUUUUACCAUAGUUUUUCAACAGAAUUUGUUUGUACAUUAAAAAUGGUAGACCAAUUCAUCAUUUCAUGUGUGGAGAGUUGACAAGAUUCUUUUUCCGUUGCAAACUUUUCAACAAUGCCUUUCUAUUUAAUUAGCACUUCAAAUUGAGUAGUUGUGUUGCGGAUCUAUAGAUGACAUUGCUGAAACAUCGCCUAAGUGAUAGCUUCACAAAAAUCACUUGUCAUUAUUUGUAUUAUGUUGUUUAUUUUGUUGACAAGAUCCAUGAAAUUCAAAAAUAAUACUCAUGCUUGUGGCAGAGCACAAACAUCAUCUAAUUUAAUUGGUAUCCACGUCAGAGUCAGUUCUCAUAAAUUGCACGAGUGGCUUUUAUGAAUGCAGAGUCGCCAAUAUUCUUUUUGUCUUGAACAAUAAUAUCUAACACCCACUUGGUUGUUAGAUGUAGAUCAAAUUUAAGAUAUAUUUCAAACAAGAGCACAGCUUGAAGUUUGGACCUUCGGUACCUCAAGCUGUUGGACGUUUGUGCCACCAUCACAGAUCUCGUGUCAAACGAAAAACAACACCUUCUUUCAGCUCUUGGUAGGAGGAGGAACAUGAACAUGAACAUGGAUGACAUAUGAAGUAGCUACCAAACCUCUACAAAGAAGAUGAUCCAAAAAGACUUGGUCACUCUAGCUAGGCCUAUUUAGGUCUUUAAUUGUCAUAUGUCAAUGGAAACGCAUCUCAAUCUAGGAAGUUCAAUUGGUCAUUGUUGUUGUCCACGAAAAAGGAAUCAUCUAAUGUUGAUGCUGCUUUAAUUUGUGGUCUAAGACUGACGAAUUGCAGAAUCAGUUGCGACAGAUGGAGGCAACGAUUGAGGUUGUUCAACAAGGGCUUCAAUGUUUCCAAUGUUGGAAAAACGCAGACAAACAAAAAAA